AUGUUAAGUCCUAGGCUCUUUGCGGCGGCUGCCUUCGCAGCUGGCCACGUUGUUCACGCCCUCGCAGCUGACAUCAGCUCGACGGAGCCUGCCAACUUCAAUGUUGUAGACGCACUUCAUGGGCUAGGCAUUGUCAUUUCUGAGAUUCCAAACCUGACCGGCUUCAACAAGAGGUCGGAAACAGGCUGCUCCGCUGCGUGUGGCACUUUGAAAUUUGUCUAUGGCGAUGAUGCUGUCGAAACGAGAAAUGAACCUGCAUACACUGAGUUCGUCAGCUCAUACUGGUCUGGGAACCAAGCCCAGGUCAGCCCUUAUUGUGUCUUCAAGCCGUCGAAGCCAGAGCAAGUAUCUGUCGUGGUUCUACUGUCCCGUCUCACGCAGUGCCCAUUCGCUGCCAAAAGCGGUGGCCACGCCGCAAUGGCUGGUGCGUCCAACUCUCAGGACGGGAUCACGAUCUCAUUCCAAAACAUGAAGAGCAUCGCGCUGUCUGCUGACAAGAAAAUUGCUUCGAUUCAACCUGGCAAUAUCUGGGGCGACGUCUACCGCGAGCUCACAAAGUCUGACUUGAAUGUCAUCGGUGGUCGGAUAUACGACAUCGGUGUUGGUGGACUGACUACUGGAGGUACGUUCCCGAUCAAGACACUCCAAGCCGGGCCAUGCAUCUUUUGUGGCAUAUCCUACUUCUCUAACCUCCACGGCUGGGCUUGUGAUAAUGUCGAGAGCUACGAUGUCGUCACUGCUACCGGUGCUAUCAUCCGAGCAUCAGCCAACCAGUUCCCGGACCUGUACUGGGCCCUACGUGGCGGCGGCAACAACUUUGGCCUCGUAGUUAGCUUCAACCUCCGGACCAUCUCGCUCCCAGGCGGUAAGAUGUGGGGUGGUUCCCGUACCUAUCUCCAAGACUCGUUCCCUGCGCUCUCUGAGGCUUACGCCAACUUUAUUGCGAACGCGGAAAAGGACCCGAAGGCUGGCUUGUGGCACGUAUACGCCUACUUCAACGGCACCAAACUCUCCCUCCCGACGCUGUAUUAUGCCGAGCCGGAUGGCGGCGAGGCCGAAAUCUUUUCCGAAUGGAACGCUAUUCCCGCCAUUUCGGACACGACGCAGAACCGCAUAAUUGCUGACUGGGCUGCGGAAGGAGCUCAGGGUUCACCGCCGGGACCGCGGGAGAUUUAUUCCGUCAUUAGCAGCAGGGCCGACAAGGGACUUGUUGAUGCCGCUCAGGAAAUCUACUUUGAGGAGGUUCUUGCCGUAACGGACCUGCCUGGCAUUCUUCCCACUUUGGUGUUCCAGGGCAUCACCAUUCCGAUGUUGAAGCACAUGCAGCAGAACGGGGGCAAUGCACUGGGUCUCAAUGUCGAAGACGGCCCGUUCUACAUCAUUCUCCUCUCCAUAAUGUGGAGUAACGAAGAGGACGACGACAAGAUUUACUCUUUUGCCUCAACAGUUAUGGAAAGAAUCAACGAUGAAGCCAAGGCGCGGGGGCUGGAGAACGACUACAUCUACAUGAAUUACGCCGCACAGUUCCAGGAUGUUGUCAGUGGAUACGGUGCGGAUAAUAAGGCUAAGCUCAAGAGCAUCGCGAAGAAGUAUGAUCCCAAGGAGGUGUUCCAGAAACUGCAGCCUGGGUACUUCAAGCUGGAUCGCGCCCCGGUGCCGGGUUCCAAGUACUUCAACUGCUUUCUUCAUUCAUCGGCCAUGGACAAGCUAGUGUCUAUCUACAGGGCGGAUAAUGACAAUCCUCUCACUGAGAUAAUGUAA